AUGUUCAUUCGACGUAUUAAAUCUCAUUUGUUCUUACUGCCGUGUAAGAAUGGAUCUCGCAUAGCCGAAGUUCGAUUUACAUUUUGUUCAAUGAGAAAUGCUUAUGGAUUGCGAUUCCUUUAUCUUUUUUUCAACAUACCAUUCUUAUAUUUACAGCGUGAAACUCUUCUUGGCCAACUGAAAAGAAAUGAAAGAGAAAUUGAACUUAGCUGUAAGGAGCUAAAUAUUUAUGAGGAAACAGCUGAGGCUGACUAUAACCAAUUCAUUGAAGCUCUCACAGCAAAGCGCAGAAUAGCUGUGGAAAAGAUAGAACCUUUAACAACAGGUGGCAAUAUUAAUGUGCAGUUGCCAUUAGACGCUGGCCAACCAAUAUCAUCGGCUGCAUAUGACCUCAAUGAUGGUUAUAAUUCCGUACCAGCAUACAGUUCAAAGAAUACUUCUACCAUUAUUAAUGAAAAUUUUCAAAACGAUACUAAUCUGUCGAGCGAUUUAAAUACUGUACCAAAGAUGUCUUCCAGCAGCGACGAGAAUGUCAACAAAAUGGUUGCUGUCUAUGAAGAAGAUUAUUCAGUUGACGAUCACGAACAUGGAUCUGAAAGUUCUAGAAAAUCGUCUAGAACCAAUAAAAUUUUCUCUGACUUCAUUUUGGAAAAGAAGCCACCCGAUACUCCUAUCGCAUAUCGUGUGCAGCUCUUUGAAUCACGGCCAGUUAGUCCUAUUUUUAAUCCACAUAAGAAUGUUUCAAUUGUUCAUCCAGAGAUUGACGACAUCAUGCAAGUAACCUUCACUUCAGAUGACCUUGAUGCUUGGCUUGGUGAUCCAGUUACUUUGGCUACCGAUGAAUUUGAAAUAAAGGACGAUAAUUCUGAUGCAAGAAAUUGUGAUAAUAAUCCUUUAGUAACGUCGAUUCCUGUUGAUUCGGAUUCUGAUGGUGUAAUUGAAUCUUGUGGGCGACGAGUAGAUUUGUUGUCGAACGAUUCUUCAGCUGCCAUCAUGACGAAAGCUGCUCAAAGGGUUAGAUCAGAGAAGUUUAAGAAAACUUCUGAAGAAAAAAAUAAAUCAUCGAAAAAAAAAAAUAACAGAAAGAAGGAUAAAAAAUCCGGAUUCAUUAUUGAUAACAAAGUAAAAACAAAAGAUCCGAAUAUGUAUGAUGCAAUUUAG